AUGUUCACCAUCGCGCUUGCUAUCAUAUGUCAUUACUUUUAUCGCAAACACGCGCGUUCAUACACGUAUAAACAGGCCCAGCGCCAUGACGAUGAUAUUCCAACCACGAGUCAAAUUAACCGCCAAAAUCAGGACGCCCUAGAGGAAUCUUUGGCUGAAGCGCAGCUGCACAAUAACAUUAACAAUGGUCAACAGUCUGCCCCCGGAGGUGGUGUCGACCGCACUACCUCGGUACGAAGUGUCAUGACUCUACCCCCUUACCGACCUAAGCCUGCGGAGAACGAGACGGUCAUCGCUCGUGAAGGAGAGCGCGAUGGUAUCGAUGUGGUUGUUGAGUUGCGCACCGAGGAAGAGGAGGAAGCUUUACGAGACGAAGAGAUGGAGGCCCUCUACAGGAUCCGCGCCGCCCGCCGUCGCCAACAGGCAGAGCGAGAAGAACGCCGUCGCUUGCGCCGUGAGGCACGCGCCAACAACGAUACCGUCGCACUGCAACGGCUCCGUGAACGAGCCCGGCAGGAUGCGCUCCAGGCUUCUCGGGAAAUCGAGGAAUUGCGCCAGCAGCAUGAACGCAUCCGGGAAACCCGCCAGCGCUCUGCCAGCACUGUGGCCUACGCCGACAUCGGGAUCGCCCGCGCUGACGGCACCCGCAUUCGCUCCAACAGUGCUGUCAGCACCGAACGGGUUGGCCUACUCUCCGACGCCGCACCGCCCGCAGCUGAUUCUCUCAGCCUGCUCAGCAACCGCGGUCGCUCCGCUUCGGGCGCUUCGGUCGGUGCUCUCUCCAUCAACACGACCCACUCUGCUGCUCUCCGUCCGGAUUCCCCUUAUGCAUCACCAUUGAACCGAUCACGAGCAAGCUCUCCCGUGUUGAGCCCAAUUGCAUCUCCUAGCCCACAGGCCGGCUCGACUCCUGUGGUCAUCACAUUCGAGGAUGUGGAUUUGGGCGAUCGUCCUCCCCCGAGCUAUGAUGAAGUCAGUCUCGGUGGGGAGAGCUUCAUGACGCCAAUCGGUUCAAGGAGAAGCUCGGCCUCUGGCAUUGCAAGCAGAAGCCAAAGUCCCUACCCAGAUCCUCCUCCGCAGUAUCCGGGGCCGAGUCCAGGUCUGGUUCCUAUAUCGAGUCCAGCAGAAUUGAGACCCGAGGAGAGAAAUAAUGGGGAAAGUGAUGCCGGGCUAAUGACGGCAGAGACAGGGACAGGAACAAGCCAGGACUCGAGUGGUCAGCCGCAACAACAACAACAACAACAACAACAACACCAGCAGCAACAGCAAGACAGAAUCACUGUGAGCGAAGGUAUCCCUAGGUUACCCAGUCUCAGGAGGUUACCGAGCUUGAGGUUAGACCAAAUUCCGCAAAUAGUUAUCGAGCCAGAAAGCGGGAAACCGUGA